AUUCAUUUGUCUACCAAUACCUGCCAAAGUGACAGCGUUGUAUCAACAUAAUAAUACUUACCGGCGGAUUCAUCUACCUUCAUUAGGCUUGUGCUGCUUAUGCUAGCACGUCUUGAAAUCGUCUAACAUUACGAUUAUCUGAAAAUACUCUCACUUUUAAAGAAUAACACUAUAAUUAUGAAUUAUCUUGUUGGAAAACAUGGUUCUUGAGCGUUUGGAGGGAUGACAAAAAAAGAUGAGGUUCCAAUAUCUCCUGAAUAUACCGUGACUUAGCACCAUCUGACUCUCCAAACCAUACCUUCUACUUUAUGGUGCUCGUGACUACUCUACGUUACGACUUGCACAUCCAUCAUCCAUUCGUAAGCAACAGAAAAGUUUUUUCCUAGAGCAGCUUUACUUUUACUUCUCGUAGAGACAGGGGAACUAUUUUCUUGACAGACUAAUCAGCCUUAUCAUGAAUGUAAGGCCUUGACAAGAAAAGUCUGUGUUAUACAAUUUUUCUAAGAGAAUAAAUGGAUCAUCGUCUUAUAUACAAGUAUGAAGUUGUGAGAUCACACCGCUCCUUAUAGUCUAGUAAGAACGAUCUAUACCAAUCCGUUCAAACCUCCUAUUGUCACGUGGCUUUUUGAAAAUGUUCUGUCCCUUUGUUGAGCAGUAUAACUAGAGGUCGGCCUAUUUAUUUUUAGCAUUGUGCUAUCAAUAAAAUAAUAAUUCCCUGAGAACAGAGAGAAACGCAGCUUUAAAGUAAUUUCUUCUUAUCAAUUAGAAUAUAUGACAUAAAUAUAACGAGCGAAUACAAUUUUAUCUAAAUACAUGAUGAGAUUAGAUGAGGAAAAGUCGUCAAAACAAUUAUGAGAGGUAAAUAUACAUUAUGACAAGGUAGGUCUCACAAUAACAGCCUCGUAACACUUCAUUUAAUAUCUACUAUGAAACCUGGCUGAAUAUUCGUACAUUUGGACAAUAUGUUCGGAAAACGUUCCUGGAUAUUAGUGAUUCUAAUAUUUGUGACUAGAGGUUAUGGACAUACUGUCAAUUUUUCUCCAGAGCAGUUGACUAUUCACAUUGAUUCACUUGCUACAGUCAAGUACGAGUUCAUAGCAGCUUCCUCAACUGUCAUUCAAGGUGAUGACGAAUAUGUUAUAUGGGUUGAAAAUGAUGGAAUAGCCCGCUUGGCUAAUGGAAAUGUAACGAUUCUAUUGAGUAGAGUGGUAAAUGGAAGUUUUUUCAUACAAGGAGAAUCAUUAGGCAGGACGAAAAUACUGUGUCAAAAUAACAAAACGACAAUAAACUAUGUAGACGUAACGGUGGUACGACCAGAGCGGGUGAUAGACACGAUAUUCACUGCGUCGGUUGCUACGCUAAUCAGUGUGAUUUACAUCAACUUCGGAGCUGCUCUCGACUGGGGUAAAUUGAAGGACAUCCUCAAGAGACCCAUAGGGCCUGCCAUAGCCUUCUGUGGUCAGUUCAUUUUCCAGCCUCUUGUAGCUUAUGGAUUAGGAAAAUUGCUGUUUCCUGAAAAUCCCGAUCAGCAGUUAGGCCUUUUGUUCACAGGGGCUUCUCCAGGUGGAGGAGCUUCAAAUCUAUGGACUCUUUUGCUUGGAGGUAAUGUGGGGUUGUCCAUUGUAGCUACGGCGAUGAGCACCAUAGCUGCGUUUGCUACGAUGCCUUUUUGGUUAUUCACACUUGGAAAGACUAUAUUUGAAAGUGGCAACAUCGAGGUUCCCUAUGGGCAAAUUUCUUCCUAUGUUUUUGCUCUGCUCGUACCCCUGGGCAUAGGAUAUUUGAUACAGAGGUACAACAAAUAUAUUGCCACCUUCUUGGCAAAAAUAACGAAGGCAUUCACGGCAUUACUGUUGAUAUUCGUGAUAGUCUUCGCUGCAGUUACAAAUCUUUAUUUGUUCGAAUUGUUUUCAUGGGAGAUUUUUGUUGCGGGUAUGAGUCUUCCAUGGAUGGGAUAUCUUUUUGGAUACGUAGUUUCGAAAAUUUUGAGACAAUCCGAAGAAGACUGCAUAGCAAUUGCAGUGGAAAUCGGUAUUCAAAAUACAGGCAUAGCAAUAUUUUUGCUGAGGUUCACAUUGCCACAACCUGAAGCAGAUCUUACGACAGUUAUCCCAGUCUCAGUAGCAAUACUGACACCUCUUCCUUUGAUACUGCUAUACUUUUGCAAGCUGACAAUCUCAAGGUUGAAAAAUAUUUCCAAAUCACGAAGUGUAGAUAACACCAAUCCAUCGACAGCGACUACUUGAUUAUUGAUUUAGUUUAAAUAAAAUAUAAAUGUUUCAACCUUUAAAAAUUUUAAUUAAAAACCUUUAUAAUACAUGUUAAAAUUUCAAUUAUCACACAAUCACAAUAGAAAAGUAACCAGCUUGACCAAUCAGAAAUUUUCAAGCCCUUCAGGUAAGGUUCCCUUCCUUUUCCUUUCCUCGUAAUUUCUAUAAAAAUCGGAGAAGUCUACAUAAGCUUCAAUUUUUUGAUCUGAGCCUACACCGUCAUCAGUUUCAGUCCUAGAAUAGUGAAAUUAGAAAUAGUUUGGUUAUAUCCACAAAAAAUCUGGUACAAAUGUGUGCAACUCAUUUACAUAUGUAAUUUAUGUUUAGUUAUAAGUUAUCUUUAAGAAUGAUUGUAUUCUUCAGAAAAUAAAGCAUAUCUA